AUGGCCCAACCCAGCCUGUGGGGCACUGCUCUCGCUGUCGGUCUCGCCAGUGGACUCAUCGGCUACUUCGUCGGCGUCGGCGCGACCCUCCCCAUCACGCGCGGCAUCGCCGAGGGCAACAAGGCCAACGAGCAGGGCGACGACGACGACGACUUCGAGUCCGAGUCCGAGUCGGGAGGCGACGCCGACGAGCUCGCCGCCAUCAAGGCCGAGGGCGACGAGCCGUGCAAGCUCGUCCUCGUCGUCAGGACCGACCUCAACAUGACCAAGGGCAAGAUCGCCGCUCAGUGCGGUCACGCCACCCUCGCCUGCUACAAGAGCCUGAUGCAGGCCAACCCGGCUCUUGUUCGUCACUGGGAGCGCACCGGCCAGGCCAAGAUUGCCGUCCAGUGCAGGUCGGAGGAGGACCUUCAGCUCCUCCAAGCGUCCGCCCAGUCGCUCGGUCUCUGCGCUCGCUCGAUCCAGGACGCCGGCAGGACCCAGGUCGACCCGGGCACGACCACCGUCCUCGGCAUCGGCCCAGCACCUGUGCGCGUCGUCAACCAGGUCACGAGCCACCUCAAGCUGCUGUAG